GGGGCAGGCCUGUGGUGGGCUCUCGGCCGACCACCAGCCAUCUUGUGCACAGCACGUCAUCACCUCUCGCCCACUGACCACCCACGACACUCGCUUCUCCAUCAGCGGACUCGCUACCUCACCUGCACCACAAACUCCCCCUUCACAACUCACCUGCGAGGAGGACCAGAGCAGAAGUGAGAAGGUGUCCGACCCACCUCAAGAACCAACUCAAAGAAGACGCAUAAGGUCAGGGCGUGAUGGCACCAACGUUGUCGUGGUUGCUGGUGGGCUCAGCGCUUGUGGUUGCUGUCUGUGUAGGAUCCACGCGCCGACAGAGGGCAGCAACUACGCCAGACCCCAUUAACCUCAGCAGACUUCUUCUGAGCCGCACGAGGUUUCGCGACCUGCCGGAGGAUGCUGUCCCCACUGAUGCUGAUGAUGGAACCGUUGUUGAGGAGGCUGCUGGCUUCGGACGGGACCUCCGCUCAGACGUUGACGACCCGUUCGAGAAACGUCACCGGCAGAGGAUGCUGGUCAGCAACCUGGCGGCUCUGUUGUCAGGACUGAAAGACCGCAACGAAGCCAGCAUGCGCAUGCCCAGUCUACGCUUUGGGAAGUAACUUCCGCUUCCGGCUGAUGCUGGAUUACGCUGUGCCAUCAGGCCUCUAGACAGCAACAAUUUUUUUGAAAGCCUUGUUCGAUGUUCUUUAAGAAUGUUGUGAACACUAUUCAGUGCCUAUACCGCGCUAAUACACGAUGUACAGCAAAAAUCCGGGAUCAAGACGAACAUGAACGUUUGCUCAGAUAAAAAUAAACAUCAAUGAAUAAAUCA